UUUGCCGUAUAUAGUUCUCCUAAUGGUUGUAUUCGAUUUCGACACACUAGUUACAGCCAUCAGCAUCUCCUUUACCAGAAGACAAAGCAUGUAUACAGUAUACCUAAUAACCUAUCAUAUCCCUUUCUCCUCCUCUUCUGUUUAGCAUAAUCGGUAUACAGCUACAGUACAUAAAGCAAGUUAUGACGAGCGGUCAUUGCCAAAAGGUCGUAUGUACAUACCGACUUACGUAUCGUACUAGUGAAUAUCGCUAUUUUCUCUGCCCCAUCGUUUUAAAUUCGCAUACCGCAUGGACCAGCAAUGUAUAAUGUACAAAUUUGUAUAAGAUAUUCAAUUACUUUAUGAAAAAAGAUGGCGGAUUGCGCCCUAUUGCUGUUGGCAACACCCUGAGGCGGCUGGCUGCAAAAGUCAUCUGUAGUCGCGUAAAAGUGCGCACGACGGCAGCGCUACAGCCAAGUCAGCUCGGCUUCGGUGUCAAAGGGGGAUCAGAAGCCAUUGUCCAUUCGGCGCGAGAAUUUAUAAGUAGCGAUCGGAGCAGCGUAAAAGUACUUUUGAAAAUUGACCUGAAGAAUGCCUUUAAUUGCAUAUCCCGCGCUACUAUAAUGGAAGUUGCCAGUGUUCAUCUUCCGGAAUAUGCUGACUAUUUGCACGCUUGCUACGGCUACUAUACUGAUCUGUACAUUGAUGAUGAAAUCCCCUCUUCACAGUGUGGUGUCCACCAAGGUGAUCCACUUGGCCCGCUUUUGUUCUCCUUGGGAAUACUGCCAAUUACGUCUGCGCUCAAGUCCAAGUUCAACGCUUGGUUCCUCGACGACGGUACAAUGGGCGGGUCUGUUGAGACAGUUGCAGAGGAUUUUCAGACGGUCAUCGACGCCGCAUACGCAGUCGGACUAAGCGUCAACAUGUCGAAGUGUGAAAUCUUCGUGAGCGGAGGCACCGCCGAAGAUCAAGACGCAGCAAUUAGCACUUUUCUGAAUCGGUUCCCAACAGUCACCGUCGCCGUAGAAGAAAAUUUGUGCUUACUUGGCGCUCCACUGCUGAAGGACGGAAUCAAGUCAGCGAUACAGCAGAAAACCGAAGUAAUGCGCUUGAUAGCCAACCGUCUCGAGCUGCUACCAAAACACCAAGCCUAUUUCCUUCUGAAAUGCAGUCUUAGCGCACCGAAGGUUAUCCAUUUGCUACGAUGUUGUCCAUCUUUUGAAGCCAGAGAUAGCCUUAUCGAGUUCGACGAAGUUCUGAGGGAGUCGUUACAGUCAAUUUGCAAUGUCCGUAUGGAUCCGCCUGCUUGGCGUCAAGCUUCAUUGCCUGUGCGGUGCGGUGGACUUGGUAUCCGACGGGUAGAUGAAUUAGCAUUGCCGGCCUAUUUGGCCUCGAUUCACGCUACCCGGAGCCUGGUUUCCAAACUACUGCCGCACUCAAGUGAAGUUGACGCUGAUGACCACAUUGCACUUUGGAGUUAUCUCUGUGAUGAUGCAUCCCCGCCUCUGCUCGAAAGCAGACAUUUACAACGCGCAUGGGACACACCGUACUGUUCAGCUGAGCAGGCGACUUUGUUAUACGAGGCAACUGACGCCACCAACAAAGCACGUUUAUUGGCGACUUCAACACCGGAAUCAGGUGUUUGGACACACGCUCUUCCCUCUUCCUCAAUUGGAAACUUAUUGGACGACGAAUCCUUCCGCAUCGCCGUUGCUAUUCGACUUGGCGCACCUGCGUCUUCCAAACACCAGUGCAACUGCGGUGCCGAAGUUAACGCCGAUGGCCUUCACGGGUUGAGUUGCAAAUUCUCUGCUGGAAGACGGGCACGACACGACUGCAUAAACGAUAUUUUGCGACGAGCUCUGGUUUCGGCAGGCAUCCCGGCACGAACGGAACCUAGAGGCAUGCACCACGAAAACGACACACGCCCAGACGGAAUCACUACUUUCCCCUGGACGAGAGGGCUGUGUUUAGCCUGGGAUGUGACCUGUGUGGACACCGUCGCGCGCUCUUAUUUGGAUCACACCAGUUUACAGGCCAGAGCGGCAGCCGACCAGGCAGAAGCCGAAAAAGUACACAAAUACAGCUUCCUGUCAGGACGAUACGAGUUUGCUGCUGUUGGAUUCGAAACCUUUGGUAGUUUUGGUUCAUCAGCCAAGAAACUGGUUAAAGAAGUCGGAAAGAGGGUUGAAUUACAAACAGGCGAGAUUCGCAGCCAUGAGUUUUUAAAGCAGAACAUUUCUUUAGCUAUUCAAAGAGGAAAUGCCGCUUCUGUUAUGGGUACCGUGGAAAAUGCUGUUUUGUUUAAGUGUAACUGAAUCUUGAUAUUGUUAUCGCUUUAUUGGAAAUUAAAUUACAAAAAAAAAAUUACUUUAUACGAGAUCGCGUUAAAAUGUUUUAUGUUUAUGCCUGUUUUUCGGCUGUAAAGAUUAGUGCUCGCAAUGUUUUCAUAUAAGUAAGA